AUAUGCAAACUAGAAGACAAUCUACAGGAGGAGGAAUAAAGAGUUUGAUUACUUCACUUGGAAAGAAAAAAAUCUUUGGAAAAUGGAUCAAACAGAGGAACCACUCAAAACACAACAGCAGCACCCAGAAGAAGUUGAACAUCAUGAGAAUGGUGCGUCUAAGAUGUUUAGGAAAGUGAAGGCAAAAGCUAAGAAGUUCAAGAACAGUCUUACUAAUCAUGGAAGCCAUGAGCAUGAUCAAGAUGUGGUUGAAGAAGACGAUGAUGAUGAUGAGCUUGAAACAGGAGUGAACAGUUCAACAGCUGUAACAGGUAAACCUGAGACUCUGAAUCAUUAUCCUAGAGAAACUAAUGUUCCGGCACCGGAGGAGAUUGUUCCACCAGGAACAAAAGUUUUCCCAGUCGUGUCUUCUGAUUACUCCAAACCCGUUGAGCCUGUACCAAUACAUGAUUCCUCUUACGGACACGAGGCAUUGUUUCAUCAUCCAAGAACGACGGAUACGUCGGACAAGGAAGAGACCAGAGAUGUACCGACUCGCAAUCCUCUGUCUGAACUAUCUGAUAGAGAUGAGAGCAGAGAGGCUCAUCAUGAGUCAUUGAACACGCCUGUGUCUCUGCUUUCUGAAACAGAGGAUGUUCCGAGGACGUUUGCUCCAACUGGUGAAGAUGAUCAUCUCGAUGGUCAACGGAAAGUCAACUUUGAGACUCCUAUUAAGCUUGAGGAUGAUCCUGCUGUUCCAGUAGGAGGGUCAGAUUAUCUUAGUGGUGUAUCCAACUACCAAUCCAAAGUUACUGAUCCCACCAAAGAAGGAAGUGGAGAAGCUGGAGUACCAGAGAUUGCCGAGUCUCUUGGUCUGAUGAAAGUGACUGAUGAGUCUCUUGACCAGAAACCAGGACAUGGAUUUGAAAGAGACUUGUCGACGAGAAGCAAAGAGUUCAAAGAGUUUGAUCAGGACUUCGACUCUGUUCUCGGUAAGGAUUCGCCAUCGAAAUUCGCAGGUGAAUCAGAAGCUGAGCUUGCAAAAGAUUCCUCGACGAGAAGCCAUGAUUUUGAUAUGAAGACUGAAUCUGGUUUGGACGAGAGUUCUCCGUCAAGAAGCCAUGAAUUUGAUCUCAAGACUGAGUCUGGAGUCAAUAAGACUUCUCUAAUGGGUUUUGGAAGUGGAUCAGGAGCUGAGCUGGGGAGAGAAUUUGAUCAGAAGAUCGAUUCUGGAAGAAACGAGUAUUCUCCGGACUCUGACACCGGAUUAGGAGCUCCGUUGGGUGGAAAUUUUCCGGUGAAAAGCCAUGAAUUAGACGUGAAGGAAGAGUUUGGGACUGACAAGGAUACACCGACGGGAUUUGACGGGGAGCCAGAUUUUCUGGCUCAGGGAAGACCUGGUUACGGGGAGUCAGAAGAGAGAGACUUUCCGGUGAGAAGUGAUGAUGUGAAAGUAGAGACUGAGUUGGGAAGAGACUUGUCGACGGAGACUCAUGAUGGAUUCUCACAGGAACUUUCUCAUCCAAUAGAGAGAGAUGAGUUUGAAGAGUCAAGAUAUGGUUUUGAGGAGACGAGAGAUGAGAAGACAGAGGAGACAAAGCCUAAGACUUACACAGAGCAGUUUGCUUCAAUGCUAGGUUACUCCGGAGGAAGCCCCGUGGGAGAUAAAACUCAAGUGGCGGGAACUGUUGAUGAUGAGAAGUUGACUCAGGUCAACGAGAAGGAUCAAGAAAGAGAGUCUGCCGUGGCGAGUAAGUUACCUCUAUCUGGAGGUGAAAGUGGCGUGGUGGAGACGGAACAAGGAGAAGAGAAAGGUCUUGUGUCCGGUAGGGAUUAUCUCGCGGAGAAACUGACACCUGGAGAAGAAGACAAGGCUUUGUCUGAGGUUAUCGCUGAGAAACUUAAGAUUGAAGGAGGAGGAGAAGAGAAGAAGGAAACUACGACCAAGGAGGUUGACGUGACGGUGGAGAAGAUCCCUACAGAGAAGGUAUCCGAGGAAGGAGAACACGAUGAGGCGGUUGGAGAGGAAGUGAAAGGAGGAGGAAUGGUUGGGAUGAUUAAAGGAUGGUUCGGUGGUGGUGCGACUGAGGAGGUGAAGCCAAAAUCGCCACAUUCCACUGAAGAGUCUCCACAAUCACUUGGCACCACCGUUGGGACUAAGGGAUUUCCAGAUUCCAGUGAAAGUGAACUAGGAGAGACUGGCGUUGGUGGCGGAGUUGUGCCGGUGCAGAAGGGACUUUAAGAAUAUGAGAACUGAGAUUUGGGUUUAUUUACUUUUGAAUGUUUCUGUGUUUUAUUUGAUGUCUUUUGUUUCGACUUUGAUGUAUUAUUAUGAUAUAAUCCUUGUAUGUGUGGAAAGGAAAUUUGGUUAAUAAAUUUGGUUAACUCUUAAGAUGA